UGCCCCAUCGCUCUCUCCCUUCACACGGUCAUCCACUCCCCCUCCUUUCCUCUUUGGUUUCUCACCCCUCCCUUCCUCCCUCCUUCCCUUCUUCUGUAGUCACUGUAAAAGUGCCUGUCCCACAGCCAAAAUGCUCAUUCAGUCUGCACCAGCCUGCCAUUACACCUGAGAAUACAGUCCAUUCAGUCUGCUGGAGGGAGGCAUUACACCUGAGAAUACCUGCCUGGGACCCACCUGGGAAUAGCUACCUGUGCCUGAGCUUGGAUCUCGCCUGAAAAUACCUGCCAGCCUUUCCUCUGUGAAUGCUGACCUGCAGCUCGACCGAGAGCCGCUGAAUUGCAAAGCAGAUUCUUAAUGUGAAUGGGACAUCCAAGCCAGAGGAGAUACAUGUACUACACCAGGAUAUGUAUGUUUAAGUAGCAGGGACAAAGCCUUGAUCAUGAGAUGAUACCCUAAUCCUCCAGGUGUGAGCCAGCUAUCACCUCUACCACCACAAUGCCCUCUCGCUGUAGGACUGUGCUGCAUAUCGUAACCACCACCCUCUUCGCCACGGUGGUCCUGUUUGGGAUCCUGCUGGCCUAUGUGACUGGCUAUCAGUUUAUCCACACAGAGCAGCACCACCUGUCCUUCGGCCUGUACGGAGCCAUCCUGUCCCUGCAUCUUUUCCUCCAGAGCCUGUUUGCCUUCCUGGAGCACAGACACAUGCGCAGCCCCGCCCGGCCCCAGCACCUGCGGCGCUCUGUGGCCCUGUGCAUCGCAGCCUACCAGGAGGACCCAGACUACCUGAGGAAGUGCCUCUGCAGCGUGCGCCGCAUCUCCUUCCCCAGCCUGAAGGUGGUGCUGGUGGUGGACGGGAACAGACCGGAGGACCACUACAUGAUGGACAUCUUCCAGGAGGUGAUGGGUGGAGUGGACCAGGCUGGCAGCGUGGUGUGGAAGGGGAACUACCACAGUGACGGGGGUGGAGGGGUGGGCAGAGGGGGGACUGGAGCAGCGUCCCUGCAUGCGCAGGAGGCUGCACGUGUGGCCAGGCUAGUGAGAGGCUGUCGCUACUCCUGUAUCAUGCAGGAGUGGGGAGGGAAGAGAGAGGUGAUGUACACAGCCUUCAAAGCCCUGGGAGACUCUGUGGACUAUAUGCAGGUGUGUGAUUCAGACACAGUUCUGGAUCCAGCGUGCACCAUAGAGAUGCUGAAGAUUCUAGAAGAGGAUGCAAAGGUGGGCGGAGUAGGUGGAGAUGUUCAGAUCCUGAAUAAGUAUGACUCGUGGAUCUCCUUCCUGAGCAGUGUUCGUUACUGGAUGGCCUUCAACGUGGAGCGGGCCUGCCAGUCCUACUUUGGCUGUGUGCAGUGUAUCAGUGGUCCCCUGGGCAUGUACCGCAACUCCCUGCUGCAGCAGUUCCUAGAGCCCUGGUAUCACCAGACCUUCCUGGGCAGCAAGUGCAGCUUUGGUGACGACCGCCACCUCACCAACCGCGUGCUGAGCUUCGGUUACAAGACCAAGUUCACGGCCCGCUCCAAGUGCCAGACUGAAACGCCAACGCGCUACCUCCGCUGGCUCAACCAGCAGACCCGCUGGAGCAAGUCCUACUUCAGAGAGUGGCUGUACAACGCCCUCUGGUUCCACAAGCACAGCCUUUGGAUGACAUACGAGUCUGUGGUGACGGGUUUCUUCCCCUUCUUCCUUGUUGCCACAGUGAUCCACCUGUUCUACCGCGGGCGCCUGUGGAACAUCCUUCUCUUCCUGUUGACAGUGCAACUGGUUGGCAUGGUGAAGGCCACCUACGCCUGCUUCCUAAGGGGCAGUCUGGUCAUGAUCUUCAUGUCUCUCUACUCCCUCCUCUACAUGUCCAGCCUGCUACCAGCCAAGAUCUUUGCCCUGCUCACUAUCAAUAAGGCUGGCUGGGGCACGUCAGGGCGGAGGAAGAUUGUGGUGAACUUCAUAGGGGCGGUGCCCGUCACAGUGUGGGGGGCUGUGCUGCUGGGUGGGGUUGCCUACACCAUUUACUGUGAGACCCAGGAGCCCUUCAGUGAAACCGAGAAAGCGCUUCUCAUCGCUGGGGUCAUCCUGUACGCCUGCUACUGGCUCAUUCUGCUGGUUCUCUACCUGGCUAUAGUGGCCAAGCGCUGCAACAAGAGGGAGGAGCAGUAUCACCUGCCGUACGCAGAGGCAUAAGACAUGGAUCCUUGUUCAGUCCCUU